CCUUGCCUCCCCAACCUAAGAAAGAAAUAAAAAUUGAGCAAAAAAUGGUAUACAUGGUUAUCAUCACAUUGCUCAUUUCUUUUGUAUUUUGUUGCUACUUCUUUGGUAAAAAAAAUGGUCUCCCAACAAACUGGCCCCUUGUUGGGAUGCUUCCCGCGCUUCUUAAAAAUGCUCACAGAAUCAACGAUUUUAUGAUUGAAGUUAUGGAAAAAUCUGAUAUGAUUUUUCAAAUAAAAGGCCCUUGGUUCACCAACAUGAACCUACUACUUACCGUUGAUCCUGCCAACAUUUACCAUGUGUCGAGCAAGAAAUUCGGAAAUUAUGGAAAGGGCGCCAAGUUAAAUGAAAUCCUUGAACCCCUUGGAGAUGGGAUCCUUAAUACGGAUUCUAAUAUAUGGCUUUUCCAUCGAAAUGUAGCUCAAUCUUUCACCAAUCAUCCUAAAUUCCACCAACUUUUGGUGAAUACAACUUUUCAAAAAGUGGAGAGUGGUCUCAUCCCGAUCCUUGACCAUGUAUGUAAAGAUGGAAUUGAGAUAGAUUUGCAUGAUGUAUUCUCGAGGUUCAUGUAUGAUGUCAUGUCUAUCAUCAUGAUGGACCAUGAUCCAUCAUCUUUAACUGUUGAGUUGCCUAAUUUUCCACUCUUAAAGGCUGUGCCUAGUAUGGAGAAAGUGGGGAUUUCUCGUCAUGUAGUUCCGACAUGCAUUUGGAAAUUUCAAAGGUGGUUGAAUGUAGGCGAAGAGAAGAGGUUAAAACAAGAGACUAAAAUAGUUGAUGAUUUCAUUUACGAGUGCAUAGAUAGGAAAAAGGAAAAAAUAUUAAUACAAGGAGCAUCAUCAUCAUCUAAAGACAUUGAUAAUGAGGUGAGUCAUGUUGAUUUAUUGACAUUAUUGAUCUUGGAUGAGAACAAAAACACAAAAUCUCUAGUUAUUCAAAAUAACGACAAGUUUUUAAGGGAUACAAUAACCAACUUUUUCCUAGCCGGGGGUGAAACAACCAGUGUUGCUUUAGGUUGGUUUUUUUACCUUCUCUCGAAAAAUCCACGAGUUUUACAAAAGAUUAAAGAGGAACUAAACACGAUAAUGAUACCACUGAAAGAUCAAAAAAAUAAUAUAGAUAGGUUUCUAAGAAACUUCAAAGAAGUCAGUAAUAAGUUAAUUUAUCUUCAUGCUACAAUAUGUGAAGUACUUAGAUUGUAUCCUUCGGUAGCUUUUACAAGCCAUACACCAGUUGAACCAGACAUCCUUCCAAGUGGUCAUUUAGUGAAUCCAAACAUGCAAAUUAUCUUCAACCUAUAUGCAAUGGGAAGGAUGAAAUCGAUAUGGGGAGAUGACUGCAACGAGUUUAAGCCUGAAAGAUUUAUAUCAGAAGGAAAUGUGAUUAAACAUGAGCCAUCAUACAAGUAUUCGGUGUUUAGUGGUGGGCCCAGGAGUUGCAUAGGAAAGCAGAUGGUGUUCAUCCAAAUGAAGAUUGUUGCUGCCAUUGUAAUCCAAAACUAUCAUAUACAGGUAAAACAACAUGAUCAUGUUCCAGAUUCCUCUUUCAUACUUCAUAUGAAGGAUGAGUUUAAGGUUAAGGUAUUUCGUUCUCAGUAACAAAUUCAAAUUAAAUUGUAUUACGCAAAAUAUGUAUGUUCAAUAAUUUAAUAUUGGUGAUUUAAUUUCAUAGCGGUAAUUGUUCUCAUAUCAAGUGUUUAUGCUAUAUUUUCGCAUUGUAUGAGGUUUAAGGCAUUGUUAUACUACUACGUUUAUAAAUCUUGUAAUAAGGCCGGGUCUUAAUUUGUAAUGAAGUACACACUUGAGUUUGGAAAUGUUAUGUAUUAAUUACUAUCUCCA